CCCCCUUAUAACCCUGUUAUCCCCUCUUCCCUCAAACCUGAACUCCUCUGAUAUCCAUAGUUUGUUUUAGAUACAAGAACUGAAUUGAAUCGAAAUUGUGUUAGCAACAUGAAGUACUGUUUUGGCGGGAGUAUCCCACGAGAAGAGAGAAAAGUACAAGCAUGGCGUGUGUUUGAAAACAAAACAGUCUCGCGUUGUUAGGAAGAUUUUUAUUUGAAAAUGGGAGACAAGUUGCCAUCUGGAAGCAACCAAGAAGUUCCACUGCUUGAUAAUGGUACACCUAAAUCAGUUGUCCCCCUGGGAGACAAUGGAACAGUUCAGUUGUCAAAAGAUAGUGAUCCUUCACUAGUGCCCUGCACACCAGAAUUCUCUAAUUCUUCAUUUUGCCAUGAUCAAAAUAAGGUUACAAAGGAAGAUUUGCCUUCUGAACCAUUACCUGAAGAUCCAUUGACAGAUUUAAAAAGAGCUCAUGGCACUACUAGAACUUUGUCCCAAAACUCUAAGACACCUGCAGCCUCUGUUAAAGCUUUGGAGACACCAGGGCCAAGAAACAUUUUCAAUUUGCUUAAUAGUCAGCUUGGAGAACCAGCUAAACAAGGGACAAAACAAACGAUUGACCCAAGUGCCACUCUCCCUUUUGCAGAGGGAACGGCUAAAAUAGUGACACGGAAAGGGCAUUCUUUUCUUCAAGUUGUUAAGCCUGUUGGGAUUCUUGUGCCAAAAAACAAUGAUAGCAGUCUGGCAAAUGCUCAAAACUGUAUCAAGGUAUGGACUGGUGAUCUUGUUGCACCAUUGAGCAUAUCUGGGGCAAAUUUUGAUUUUAAUCUAGAACCAGUUGAUGUGCCAAAAACUGACAAUGACGCAGUUGUGCCAAAUAGUGUGGGACACAGUGUUGGCAGUUACACAAAAAUAGACACAAAUGCACCCUCAACUUCUAGAGAGAACACUGGCUCAACAGAAACUAAAGUUGAUAGAAAUGAAUGUGAUGAUAAUAUGAAAUAUUAUCGAUUUAUGAAUUUAGAUAGAAAUUUAGUUGUAAAAGCAACAAAAUUUAAAUUGAAUGGAGAAGAAUGCUAUUUGAUUCCAGCCAAGCUUGCACUGAAACAUAAUCUGAAAAAGCCUUAUAGCCAGGCAAAGGUUGGUGGGUCAAAGGAUGGUGUACCAUCUUCUCAAUCUGGGACAAAUGCUGCAUUAUUGUCAGGUGAUGAACGGUUUGGUACUAAAGGAGUGACGGAGGGUACAAGUAGAAUGCAUUGUGAAGAUGAUAGGGAUGGAAUACAUAGAUUGCGGGUUGCCAGUAUUUUCCGCAGCAAAGGUGAUGCAACUAGGUAUGCAAAUGGUAGGUUCUUGAGACGCAGUGCUGCAGAUGUGGUACAAAAAGGUUAUCACUGGUACCCAGAUGUGCCAAUGACUUUUGGCACCAACAGUUAUAAUGGUAUGAGGCUGCCUGAUCAAUGCUGGCAAGCACCUGAUACCUAUUUGCAUAAACAGACGGAGCAUCGUGAUGCUAGAUGCCAUUACCAUCCUAGCAUCAGAUGCCAUAAGGUAGUGUCACCUGAAAAUGCAAUGCUUCAUAUUUCAAAGCUGAAAACAGGUGGUGGAUGCUCUGAUAAAACAUCAGAGGACAAGAUGAGAGUUGGGACUUUGCAGUGUCAAAAUUCAAAAUUGCGAGCCAAAGAUACAUUUGCAUCUAAAUUUAAAGGAAGUACCAAAUUUGAUUCAGCCCAUUCUUUGCAUUAUGUUCUCGAGUGUUCUCAAGCUGGAACAAUGAUUUUUGGGAAGGGAAGACUUACAAAAGAAACGAACAUUGUGGAGCCACCCUUGGUCGCUGGCCUGACAUUUAGACGAUGCAAGAAAACGAAAGACCAAGUUGUACCUGACCUAGGGAUGCAAGCAAUUGGAGAUGGCCAAUAUAAUUCGCAGAAUGACAGGUCCGCCAAGUACAGACCUGUUUGGUCGAAAACAAAUGAAGAAAUCGCCUUCCUCCUCCGCGAGGUCCAACAGCUGACUAGAGCACCUAUAGAAGCUGACGAGACUCAGUUGAUUAUGACAGCAUGUAACACGAUAAUGAACAUGGAGAUUGGCAUCAGAGGACUUAUGAGUCAACUUGGAUACAAUUUACGAUCAACUGCUCAACUUGAUCAACAAGAAAAAAUAACUGAAGGCCCAGACCCUGUCUUCGAGGCAACGAAUCUGUUCAAAGAGAGUGAAUUCUUGGUUCCACAGUCACCUAGCAUCAGGAGAAAACUUCGCGAGGACCGCAGCUGUGUAGGCAAACUCCCAGAAGUGCCAAACUGGGAUCGAUCAACAAGCCCAGAGCUGAAAAUCACCAAGGAUACCAACUGGUCUCCUUCUGAAAUCCAAGCCUCCUUUCCACAAGGAAGAUCACGUGGCUCUAUGCCUAUGUCAUCACAGCUUUCGUUCAGUGAUUCGCUGACAGACGAUUCUGAGAACAUGCACGAAUUUGAUUUGUAUUUUGAAAAAGAGGCCAAUUCAAAAGAGGAGCAAGGGAAUACUUUUCAAACUUAUGUAAAUGAUGUUUUCAACACCUUGGAAGUCGGAGGGCUGGAGUCGUGUGGAAAGGCUUCGCCUGCCAUUGCUGGUCAAGAGCGCUCUGCAACCAACCCAAUUUUUUCUCCGGAGCGUUUUGUCUUCUCUCCAUCACUGGAUCAUCUCUCAUUUAGUGCCCAGUCUUCUCCUGUGAUCGAAACCCCGCAGACGUUUUCUGUUAACUGCCUCGAUUACGAUAUCGAGAAUCAGGCCAGUCCAAGAUGGUACCAAACCGUGGACCAUGGCCUAGCCAGCUCUGAUGCUUCACCCUUGCAGUCAAUGGCGGGAAAUUUAUCAAUGAAAGUUUUGAAGAAAAAUAGAAUGACAAAGGAGAAAAAGAAAGAAGAGAAACAAAAUAAAAAGAUAAACGAUAAAAAUAAAGACUAUGAUUAUAUAACGAGCGAUGAUGAACGAUGGAUUGGCAGAAGCGAAGAAGAUAGACUUGCUGCGGAGCUACUUAGCACGUUAUGUGAAAUUGAUGACCGUAGGGAGGAGAGUAAAAGCCCUGCGAAGAUUGCUGUGAAGGAGCCUGCGUUUGGAGAAGACGAAGAUACCAAAGCCUUGAAACAUCUUGAAAGCAUUGCAUUAUUGGGCAAAAGCAAUUUAGACAAUCCGAAAACAAUUCUUGCCAAAGAUCUUGUCGAAAGUGAUCUUUUAGCCUCAUUCUUGUAUCCAAAACCGUCCUUCAUUCCUGAAGACCCCUUUGGCAUUGGCGCGGAGACAGUCAUUGGACGGAGUCUAGAAGUACCUUCUACGAAGGAGCUUGGAAUUGAUCAAGUUUGCGAGGAAACACCAACACAGUCAAGCCUCGGUUUCACCCAGCUGCCUCCUGUGGCUGAAAGCAAAGGGGGGAGAAAGAGAGUUUUCGGUGUUGAAGAACCCAUCGCCAGAAAACGCCCCAACAGGCUACGAUAUAUGGAGAGCCUGUGUGACGAAACGACCAGCCCAGUGCAGUCAUCCUGUACUGAACACAGUGAUGAGCUACCAGUCUUCAUACCACAACUGCGGAGGAGGCGACGCAGGGAUUCCAACAUACAUCAGCACAGGCAACCAGUGCGAGAAAAGACUAAUCGUUAUUCGAGAAAUGAAAGAAAGCACGAAAAUGUCCCAAACAGAACCCAAGAUGAAAACAUUGCCAAGAAAAGGACGCGAAUCUCGAGACGGACCUUUCAGAGAAGAAGAGCGCUGAAACUUGUCAACUGAUCAGUGAUUGCCUGUUUGAUUCAGUGGUUGUUUUUUGAUUAAGUGUUCAAGAUUGCCAAAGCCAUGAAGAUGCUUGAUUGUGGAGAAGAUGUGAUUAGCUUUGAUCGGUGAGUGAUUGCUUGAUUGACAAUGAUUUAUGUUUGUGGCUGUUGAUUCGGUGAUGGAAAGUUUGAAAACAUGAUAGUCGAAUGGCUCGCUUUUGUGUGGAAUUUGAAGCUCAAGAUUUUAAACCGAUAUUUUCAGAGCUAAUUCCUGAAAUUCCUUGCGUGAAGUUUGAAACUUUUUGUUUUUGGAAUAUAGAAUACCAGCGAAAAAAUUCUGUGUUACACGAGGUGGUAUGCAAAGAAAAUACAGUCUUGUAAAUUGUUGCAUUUUGUGUUAUAUUCUCGUAGGCAGCUUUAGAAGUUGCUUUUGUAAAUUUCAAAGUUGUUUUCAAAAUAUUACCUUGUUUGGUUGAUUUUCGUUGUAUUCGAUAAUUCGUUCUCAAAAUGUUGGUUUUAUUAUUCGAGACAGUUUUGGAAGUAGAAUUCCCUAAAUGAAAAUGGUAAAGAGAAAUUUACGUAGGGUGUUGCGAAAUAUUUUAAUGCUAAAGGAUUAAUCAAAAUAAGGAAAUGAUACAAUGAUAAUUAUCCAAUAUAUAUUGGGAAAUGAUACACAUGUGUAUAAGAUAUCAUCAAAUUCAGAUUAAUAUUGGAAUUAUAUGCCUAUUCACUCAAUUCAUAUAAUAAAUAUAAAAAAAUUUAAGUUCAGUUAUAUAAGAUCAAUUAUUUAUUUAUUUGAAGUAUACAGAGUGACUCGUGUUGUUUCAUACAACUCAAAGCUAUGAAUUGCAGUUAACAGAAUAUAUUUUUCAUAUGAAAUAUAUAAUAUAUCUUUCUUUAAACCAUAUAUCGAUGUAAUCUUUCUUAAUCUGAAAAAAUAAUAUUCAUCGCAUUAAAUAUCAUCUAUAUCCAAUAUUUAUUUAUUUUAUUAUUAUAUUCAUCCUUUUGAUUGAUUUCACUGUAAGAAAUUGAUUGAAUAUCUUUAUUUUGUGUUUAUUAAAAAAUAAAAGAGUGAAUCAAUUUUAUCCCUCAUAUUCUUUUUGUCAUAUCUUAUUAUGAAUAUAAAAUGUUUUUUGAAAAUAAUAUAUCAUGACAAAACCUAAAUGAUAAGUGUGAUAUGAGUUAAAUAAUUGAUAUAUGAAAUUGCCGAAAAUAUAUAAUAUUCAAAAAAAAUAUUCCGAGUAAAGUACUAUAAAAUUCAAAGUGAUAUUUCGCUCUUCAAUUGUAUAUAAUAUUUUUUCAACUGUUUUGUUGUCUUCAUAACUUCAAUUUUGUUCUGAAGUAAGAUGUUGUUUUGUCUCCAAGUACAUUAUAUGUUAUAUGAUGUAUAAUAUAUUGAAUUCCAGGGUUAUAUUAAAUUUUUCAACUUUUAAAUGUUUUAAAAGGAAAUUGAAUUUAAUUGUCGAUAUUUUUAACUAUUGCCCAUAUUGUCAUUUUUAAUUCACAAAGCCCAGAAUAAGAUAAGAGUGAUUUAAGCCACAAUGCCUCGAGUUGAGUUAGUUUUUUACUUUGAAAGUCCUAAAUCCAAUUUCGCCCUUCCUUUCAAGAACCAUUCCAGAUAUUUUUCGCCUUUUCUUAUGUAGACGUCUUUGUCACUUACUUUUUGAGUUAUAAUGAAGCAAUUUUGUGUCGUGGAUUUUUACGGGUGAUUAAUUUUUCUGAACCCCAUUUUCCCUUAUCAGUUUUCAUACCGCAUCUUUUUACCCCCUUCUACAACCCUUUCCUCUGUUCAAAAUUGUGUUUGAAUUUAUUUUCUCAGCCCUAGUUAGCUGCUAAUAAAGAUCA